AUGGACAUGGCUGCUCCCUCAACAACAGCUCAACAAGAAGAAGAGGUGGUCGCCGUGAAUGUGGUUGAUCCGUCACUACUACACAUUUCGGUUGCCAUUCCUCUAGAAGAAGUAACCGUUGCUGCUCCUCCACUACAUCCAAACCACAAGAAGGACAAGGGAGUGAAGUUCGUUGUUGCCAAGUCUGCCAUUCGCCAAACAAUGAUAGAUAUGCUUGAUUACAGAAGCAAGUUACUGAUGAAAGGGACUCACAUUUCAGUUCAUCGUUACUCUGACAAACACGACUGCCCAUUCGACUAUCGAACGACUGCAAAAGACGCAAUAGCCAAAGCUAAUCCUGUGGUGAAGGCUGAAAAGCUGGAGAAAAUAUGA